GUGAUGAACCGACUAGUAAAUUACGAUUGACUUGAGAGUUGCUGAUUGUAGGCGACUUUUCCGAUGUACAGUGACUCAAAGCGGACAAGUUUCUGCCGAUGUAGGAGUUUGUUUUCUUCUAACGGAAACGCUUUGGGGUUUUCACAGGCACCAUUAAGUAAAGUUUUGUCUGGAUAUCGUGGCCAUAAUGUCAGUAAACUGCAGAGCAGCCAUCCAGGGACCAGGGCAGCGUGUUAAAUUCAGGGGCUAGCUGGCCUGCUGUACCCCCUGUAAAGGGUGGCAGCUGGAGUGGCUGCUGGGAUGCUACGGAAGAGCAGCAGCAGUUCUGGUGGUGGUGGGACUAAAAAGCAUACCCAGGGUUUGCCACGACAUCUCUCCAAGCCCCACACAGGAUCUCUGUCAGCUGGAUCCACCAAGACCUGGGAUAUGGGCCGUAGUUCCAAGAACCCCAAUCCUCUGAGCAGCAUGUGGCUGACGUCUAACCUGGUGGGGGCACCGGGAGUGGAUCCGGACUAUGUAAUGCAUCUGGUGAAUGAUGUGCGCGGGUUCGCUGAUGUUUUGCUCAACCUCAAGGAGGCUUUCCAGUGUAAAGAGAAUCUGGAAGGUCUUCAGCAGGUGGUGCAGGAACGUUUGGCAGAGUUACUCCGCGUCCUCAAAGCUGUCAUCAGCAAACACCAGACCCUGAACUCAGCGGACAUCCUGGGAGCGGCUGGCACGGUCAUUGCCAAGGUCAAAGCUGUUAACUUCAAGGAAGUGAACCCAGAAAACACAAAAGCUAUAUUUGGCGAAAUACACACAUCCAUUGACACUUUGGCAUUCACAUUCGGCAAUGUAGUUUCUGACUUCCUUAUGGGCGAUGUGGACAGUGGCUCAGGGUUGGGGAUCCCCCAGACCAGGAGAAGCAGGUCUUUUGACAACCUCUCUGUGGAUCCUGAAGGAUAUGUUUCAGAGAAAAGUGACCUUGUGGGCCCAGAGGUGCCGCUGUCACGGGAGGAAGAAGUUGACUUGGCCCUGCUGAAGAAUGACGGUGGGGUGGAGUCUGCUCUACUCUACGCCAAGGCCUGGUCCAAGUAUAUCAAAGAUCUGCUGGCCUGGAUGGAGAAACGACUGGCUAUGGAUAUUGAGUAUGCAAAAAGUUAUGCCAAAAUGGCUGAGUCUGCAAUGACACUGGCCAGUCAACAGGACUACAUGCCAUUCAGUGAUAUCUACGUUUCCACAUUCAAGAACGACAUUGAAUACAAACAGCUGCUUAUUCAAACUGCAAUUGCUCUUCAGACGAAUAAAUUCAUACAGCCUCUUCUGGCACGUAAAAAUGAACUUGACAAGUUGAGGAAAGACAUCAAGGAGCAGUGGCAGAGGGAGCAAAAGAAAAUGCAAGAGGCAGAUACAACCUUGCGAAAGGCACGAGUGCUGAAAGCCCAGAGGAGAGAGGAGUACCAGAAAGCCCACUCAUCUACCAACCGCUCCCAGGAGGAGCAGUCUAAUGCUGGGAGCAAACAGCUGGAGAAGAAGAGGAAGCUGGAAGAGGAGGCUCUGCAGAAGGCAGAGGAGGCCCAGGACCAGUACCAGAGCUGUUUGGAUGACGCAGGCGUCAAGAGGAUGGAUCUGGCUAACGCCAAGAGCACCAUCCUCACACAAAUAAGAGAGAUGGUGUUCCAGUGUGACCUCACACUCAAAGCUGUGACAGUGAACUGGUUUCAGAUGCAGCAGGCGCAGACUGUGUCGCUCCCUGCCCAUUAUCAGGCCCUAAGCGAGAGUGCCAAGUUGUACGAACCGGGUGAAUGCUACGCCGAGUUUGUCCGGAACCUGCCCAAAAAUCUGCCUAAAGAGCGAGUGCACUUAGACUCCACCUCCUCUGACAAUACCAGGUUUGUGUUCAACAAAAGGUCAGUGGGCAGCACUCAUUCCUCCCACGGCAACCUGUCGCAGGCAUCCAUCACCUCCUGUGAUGUGCUGAGUGGAGACGAAGUGGACAAUCACCUACUCCGGCCUGCAAAGAUCAGCGAGCGCAGGUCCAACAGCAGCACGGACAUACAAGCACUGAGGAGCCAGGCCACACUGAGAGCCUGGGCCUCCAGUAGUCAGGGGAGCCAGGGCGGGAUGUGCAGUGACUCGGAGAGCGCAGGAGGCAGCAGCGAAUCCAGGUCCAUGGACUCACCCACCGCCAGUCCAGGUGACUUUAAACGACGGCUGCCGAGGACUCCCUCUACUGGGACCAUGUCUUCUGCUGAUGACCUGGAUGAGAGAGAGCCACCAUCGCCCUCAGACAAUGGUUUGGCAGAGAUGGUGACAGAGACAGCCAGUUCUCCGGGUCCCUUCCGAAACGCUCAGAUGUCCAAAGCUGCUCAAACCCAUAAGCUACGAAAACUACGAGCCCCAUCUAAGUGCAGAGAGUGUGACAGUUUGGUGGUUUUCCAUGGCGCUGAGUGUGAGGAGUGCUCCCUGGCCUGCCAUAAGAAGUGUCUAGAGACGCUGGCUAUCCAGUGUGGCCAUAAAAAGCUCCAAGGCAGACUACACCUGUUUGGUAUAGACUUUGCUCAGGCAGCAAAGAACAGCCCAGAUGGUAUCCCUUUCAUCAUCAAGAAAUGCACAUCUGAGAUUGAAAGUCGAGCCCUCAACAUCAAGGGGAUUUAUCGUGUGAAUGGUGCCAAAUCGCGCGUAGAGAAGCUUUGUCAAGCAUUUGAAAAUGGGAAGGAUCUGGUUGAGCUUUCUGACCUCUCACCUCACGACAUCAGCAACGUCCUCAAACUCUACCUGAGACAGUUACCAGAGCCACUGAUCUUGUAUCGAUACUACAAUGACAUUAUCGGCUUGGCCAAAGAGUGCCAGAGAGUGCUUGUGGAGGAGGCUGAUAAACCCCAGAGCACCCAGACAGGAGAGAAAGGGGGGGCAAGCGUCCAGCUCAACAGAGUCAUUUUCAAAAUCAGAGAUCUUCUCCACCAGCUGCCUACAGCCAACUACAGGACCCUGCGCUUCCUCAUAGCUCACCUGAACAGAGUGACUGAACAGGCAGAGGAGAACAAGAUGACUGCGAGUAACCUGGGCAUCAUCUUUGGCCCCACACUGGUCAAGCCGAGACAGACGGACGCCGAGGUGUCCCUGUCCUCCCUGGUAGACUACCCGUACCAGGCGCUGAUGGUGGAGCUGCUGGUGCGACACUUCCAAAAGAUCUUUGACAUAUCGCUUCUGUCUGGUUCUGACAUCACCUCGUCUGGCCAGGCGUCCCCCAGACUCACCCCCCAAGAGAAGGUGCAGCGGCUCAGCAGACACUCCGCCUCCCUGAUGGACAUCAAAGAGAGUGCCAGAGUGUACAAAAGAUACUCAUCAGUGAUCCCAUCCUCACACAUCAUGGAUGAGGUUCAGGAGGUCCAGCCAGGAACAGACAGGACAGAGGUCUCAGCUCUGGACAGACUCAAUGGGAUCCAGACAUCAAGUGAAGAAGUCCAGAGGUCUACCUUAGUGUUUGGCCGUCCCAGCACCACCAUCCCCUCCACCACCACCGUGGCACCAAAGGUCCAGCUACGCACCCAUCGCCCCAGACAUGUAUCUCGACCGAUCAGCAUGCCGCUGGAGCGCUUGCCCGCCCCCGCCCAGAUCAGCGAGAGGAAUUAUCGCAACACUGCUGCUAAAGUUGAUACAAGCUCAGCUGAGCGGGAGUCUGUCUCUGAAACCAUACAGGAGAUACCGGAGCCGGAAAAGGCUCGCCAAAGUGGCUCAUCGAGAGUUAGCACCUAUUACAUCACUCCUUUCAUCGACACACAGACGAUGCAGAGAAGAACGUGGGACAGGAAGUACAAGCACUAUGAUGUCACACCCAGGACUGCUAUGAUUGUGGCCAACCUGCCACCAGCCAGCUCUGGAGUACAACCUGUAAAGGCAACAAUGCCUGUCACUGUGAGCACAGCGCUAACCACAGCCACUACCACGAGUAGUGUGAGCACCAUGUUCUCCAGCAACCCCUACACCGUGUCAGUCAAGCCUGGCUGGACUUCUAAAAGGGAAAAUGACACAAAUAAUCCAGUCAGUGAGUCCAGCAGCUCACCAAAACUUCCGCUAACACUCAGGGCACCGAGAACUCUGCAGCCUCCCCCUGGAACUUUCUACAAGCCCCCUGUUUCCAUUAACAGCAGAGCUAGGACGCUUCCAAACUGGACUACAACUGUUACUACCGUCACCACCACCUCAUCGCUCGCCCCCACCAACCCCGCCCAGGUAGUCACCACGUCCCCUGCCCUUACAAGCCCCCCACAGAAACGGCUCCAAACACAGGACUCCACCGACAGCGCCAUUGACCCCGGGGUCUCGACCUCUGCUACCCUUUCGCCCCCACAGUCCCCACCCCCCAGCAGCCCUGACGACCUCAGCCCCAGUGAGGCGAAACCCGUCUACCAAAGACUGCGACCUCGACGGCUGCAGGAGCUUGAACACAGAGAGGCCCAUUUUGUCUGACGCCAAAAAAAACCCCACAUUUUAUCUGUAAAUCUUAAUGUAUCUGUGCCAUAGUGUAUACUGGGAAUAAAACAUUUUUUAUCAUACAAGCUAGGCGAAAAUGGAGUCCUGUGAAAAUAAACCAUGAAAGUGUUAUAAGUACUAAUAUAUUGUAUUUUACAUGUUCAAUGUCAAAUGUGGUUGGUUUCCCAAACAUUCAAAACAAGAAAAUACGUGUGAUGCCAACAUCGAAUGUUUAGUAUCACAUUUUAAAAUAACAAAUACAUACUUUUUUAUGUCAAAGAAUAUUUGCCAACCACAAAUUGACAUCUGUCUGUAAAGAAUUAUAAGUCUAUCAUUUUCUUUGUUUCAAUUGAACCUUUAAGUUCAUGUACAAUGUUUGAUUUGUUAUGAAAUUAUAUUUUAUUGUAAUCACACAAUGCACUUAACGCAGGUUCAAAUUCUAAUGUUGCCUUUAUUGUUAAAAAUGUCCUUAAUUUUGUAUUUUAUUCCACAAGGAACGGAUGGAAGUAUUUUUAACAUGAGGUUAUCAGUUUUAAAGAGUUCAACAUUUUUACCUUUUAAAUUUGUCCUUUGUUGCCUGUGAUUGGUACAUCUUUUCUCAGUAUGUAAACCAUAUGUAUCUGUUUACGUUUUUUAUAUCCAUUCAUACAUACUGCAUGUUCGUCACAGUCGUUUUGUCUCAUCGCAUUAUUGUGACUAUACAGAAGAAAAAAUGACAUGCAACAGUGCUUGCUGCAAAUUAAAAAUGUAGUUGUUA